AUGGCGGACGCCGAGACGCUGGACGACUUCGCCGGCAGGCUCGGAGGGAUGGCGGCGCACUACGCGGCGUUGGGCUCGACCCUGGAGGACGCCGCUCUCGUCAAGAAGCUGCUCGACUCGGUGCCGAACCGCCUGUACCCGGCAGUGGCCGGGAUCGAGCAGUUCUGUGAUGUCGACGCCAUGGCGUUCGAGGACGCACUAGGGCGACUGAAAGCUUUCAACGAGCGUCUGCGGCGUCGUGGGCAGGCAGGCGGCGAGCGGGCGGAUGGCGAGCAGCUCAUGUACACUGCAUCUCAGUGGCGGGCGCGCGAGCGGCGUCGAGGCGGUGCCCGCGGAGAGGACGACGACGAAGGGGCGCGCAGCGAGGCGACGGGCUUCGGCGGCAACAGACGAGGCAGGUGCUACAAGUGCGGUGAACGCGGGCACUUCAAGCGCGAGUGCCCGCAGUGGAAGAAGGCGCCGGCACCGGAGCGUGCUCUGCUGGUCGACGGCGACGUCGAGAACGGCGGGCUACUCUGA